GCGACUAAUUGAGGUCAAAGCUUCCUUAUCACGACUUUAUCUUGAUCGUGAACUAAUGCAAAAGCCGAGUGGAAGUAACUUGAAAACAAUGCAGCGACUCACUUUACUCUUCCAUUCUCAGUUUCUCCUGUGCUGGAAGUUUGCAACUCCCUCAGCUCAAAGUCUAACAGGAACGUCGAACCCUGGUCGGUUGUCUUGUUUAAGAAGAUCUGAACAUCCUGAAAAAGGCUACACUCUGGUUAAUCACGUGAUUGCUACGCACACUGUCACGUGCCCGAUAGACUGUACGUGGGAAUGCCUACGGGAUGCACGCUGUCGAUCGUUUAAUUAUGCAAACUCAGGGAAAACAUGUGAAUUAAGUGACCAAUCAAAAGCGACAGCCCCAAAUGACUUUGUUUUAAGAAAAGGCAUCACUUACUACGAGCCAACGACACAGAUGGGAGGAAAUAGACCUGUUUGCACCUCGGCUUUAUGUCAAAAUGGUGGAACAUGUGUUGACGCGUGUUGGAAUCCCCGGAUGUUCACGUGUGAAUGUCGACAGGAUUAUAAAGGAGUGUAUUGCGAAAAGCACAGCGGAGUGAGAAGCUGUCAGCAGCUGAAAACCCUGGGAGCGAAUCAGAAUGGCAUUUAUAAAAUCAACCCAGAUGGUCAAGGGGUCAUAAACGUGUACUGUGACCAAACCACAGAUGGAGGUGGGUGGACUGUGGUUCAGAGACGUUCCCGUCCAUACAAGCAAAGCUUUAGACGAACGUGGGUAGAGUAUCGAGUAGGCUUUGGCGACUUGUCCAAAGAAUUCUGGCUUGGAAACGACAACUUGCACCGAAUCGCCUCUUCAGACAGCAUUCUUCGAAUAGAUCUGCACCGAACCAACGGCACAAAGGGAUAUGCCAAAUAUGGUGGGUUUCGGGUAGCUGACGAAACAGAAAAGUAUCGAUGCGACAUGAGUUCGUACGAAGGAAACAUCGGAAAUGGGUUUUAUGGAAAUACAGAUCCUAAAUUGAACAUCCGAGGGAUGAAAUUCGGCACACCAGACCAAGAUAAUGACAAUCACCCUGGCAAGUGUUUUCCUUAUGGUGCAUGGUGGGCAAACCAAUGUGGCGAGGUUAAUCUCAAUGCAAGGGAUGGUCCGCACUGGGGUCCCUGGACUUCUCAGCCUUACCUAAAAUUCUCUGAGAUGAAAGUAAGGCAUAACUGAACAAAACUGCUAUAGUCACCAUAGUUCACCUUCAAGGAUGCAAGGAACUCGACGAAGAGAUCUGGGCACUAACUAAUGUAGCCUUCAUAGAAUUUGCAAUGGAAACUCAAGUUGUCAUGUAACGCCCGGUGCUGCGUAGCGUUACAACCAAAAACAGCUGCGAAGGUGACUGAAAUCCAUUGAUAUAUUAUUAGCAUAAUAAUACAUUGACACAUAAUUUAGUCUAGCACUAGGUUUUAAAUAUCGACAUGAAAUCGCUUUCUUCAACUUGAAAUGAAAUGUGAAACCUUUCCUUCCAAUGGUGAUGUUUCAUUAGCACCCCACGAACAGAUGUCACACAUUAUAAACAGACCAUCAUGUCUAAUCCUGUUUCAAGACACCAAGAGACCAAAACAAAGUGAAGCGAUCAAAAGCAAACCUUGAAGUCACAGGCCAACCACAUGUUUCAAAAACUGUUAUUUACAAAUGGUCUGGUUUUAUAGCCGUGUUAGUGAAAAAGGCUUUUACUUUCUUGAAAAUAAAAAUCAUAAAAAAGUGUUUGUAAAAUAAAGCCUUCGCAACUUCCCUGAACUUCUAAGCAUGUCUUUAUAUCAUAGUAAUUUAAUAGCCCACGAAUAUGUAACAAGUGCAACGCCAAUUGUUGCCAUCGAUGCUGGAAGUAUGUACAUACAAAAAGCACAUUUCCUGAAGGACUGUUAAAACUAUCCGU